AGUAAAACUAAAUCUUUAUCAUUUUUGUGGAGACCUCCUCUUCACUUUAUCAAAUUUAACCAAUAUCUGGUGUUUAUAUUCACCGGUUUCGCUGCAGUCUACCAUAUAAGGUGCUACUGUUUCGACAUAGGGACAUUUCUCAGUGGUUUUGAUCUCCAUAUCUCCUGCCUGAGCCAACAAUGGACAAAGGAACGUACGACUCUCUCGGCCAACAGCAGACGGCAAACACUAAGGUGUUCACGUGGUGGGUUCUCUUGGCUCAGGUUUCUGGCCUAACGGCUGUUGUGCUGGUAGCAGUAUGGAUGGGCCAUUUCCGUGGUGGAUUUGCCUGGACAGAAAAGCCUGGCAUAGAAUUCAACUAUCACCCUCUCUUCAUGAUCAUUGGUAUGGUGUUCCUGUACUCUGAUGCUAUUCUAGUGUACAGGGUGUUCCGUAAUGAACGCAAGCUGUACAUCAAGAUCCUUCACGCUGUUCUUCAUAUCCUGGCUCUCAUCUUUGCCGUCGUUGCUCUGAAGGCUGUCUUCGACUCUCACAACUUGCCCGCAAAGCCAUUUGCUAACCUUUACAGUCUGCAUAGCUGGGUUGGACUUACAACUGUUAUUCUGUUUGGUCUUCAGUGGGUAUUUGGCUUCUCAAGUUUUCUGUUUCCUGGCUUGAGUGCAGGUUUUCGUGCACUGGUCAUGCCUGUGCACCGAUACCUGGGCGUUGCUAUAUUCGCGAUGGUUAUCGUAUCAGCCAUUUCUGGAAUUACAGAAAAAGCUAUUUUCUCGAUCGCCGGUGAAUACUCCAAGAAAGGCACAGAGGCAAUUCUAGCAAACUGUCUUGGUCUCGUUCUUGUCUUUCAUGGUCUUAUCGUAGGAUACAUCAUCACAAACUCAAACUGGAAGCGACAACCACUGCCAGAAGAGGAGACGAUGCAGUUGACAGGAACACAGUAGGGGCAACACGAUAAUAGUGACAUUAUUGUAUGGCGUUCUUGAAAUAAGAUGAAUAAGGUCGAGGUGUCAUGAUGUCCGGGAAAUUCUCAAAAGAGUGGGAGGUUUUAGAAAAAAUUUAGUUUUUAGAAGCACUUUUUCCCCUGAGGUGGUCAGAUCUGUGAAGUAUUGGCACAACAUUUGAUUUGUUCCUCAAUUGUUCAUAGGAUGGGCAGUAAAUCAUGCUCGUCCCGCAUCCCCCACACUUUCCGCUGCACACUUCAGUUAGUGAUUCGUUUGAAUUAUUAAGUAUAAUCCUGAAUUACACACAAAGAAGAGAAUAAAUGUCAGAAAAGAAAAGGUUUAUAGAUUCUGUACCAUUUCCAAUGUAUAGCCCUCAAAAUCUUUUCAUGAUAUUUAAUGAUUAUUUUAAAAAAAAUUGAAGUUUACUUCUCAUGAACUAGAUUGUUGUAAGAAAUUGUUAGUCUCCCUACCUGUGUUGGCGUCUUUAUAUCCCCAGUGUCCCAUCAAAAUGUUGUUUAUAGUUGUGUUUCGAGCGGGUGAUUGAAAACAUAAUAUCUUCAUUGCUCCACCCUGUAUCACCUGAGGAGCCUUAUGAGUGCCAGGCCAUGUUUGCAUACAUCAGCAAAAAGUGGUGCCCCCAAAUUCUGGUAUGACACUUCAGGACUUGAAUAUUAAAACAUUAUGUUGCCUUCAUUCGCAUGGUUCAGAAUUUGCAUGGAGCAUAAAUGAAUUGUUCAUAUUUUUGCUGAAACACGUCAGACUGGCUGUCAUUCAUUAAAAAACAAUUUGUGAUCAAAACGUGUGAUUGUCUUGGGAAGAUUUCCUGAAAAUCUGAAGAUCAUUUUGCUCAUCUUCGGCUGUGAAAUUAUAACAUUUCUAAUUUUGUGUAAAAAUUUGAUGUUAAAUGUGUUAAUUGUGACUCGGAAUCAUGAGACUUCCCUUCAAUGUAGUGACCUUGACAGUUCCUGAAAUCGUGUGACCUUGACCUUUCCUGAAAUCUUGUGACCAUGACCUUUCCUAUAUAUUUGACCUUCCUAGAACAUUGUGACCUCUCCUAACAUCUUGUGACCGGGACCUUUCAUGAAUAGCCUUGGAUUUUCCUAACUCUUAGGUGCUGUUGACUGGUAGUUUUCUUCAUCUUCUCCUAAUAACAAUUUUGAGAUAUCAGCAUAGGACUCUUAUGAAUGAUUUGACAGUAUCUCAUGCCAGAUACUCUCGUGGUCUCUUGCUAUGCUUGGCAGGGCUAAGUUAGCUCUCUCCUUUGUUGUCUGAAAUGCCUAGUGUGGCUACAACAUGUACAAUGUUAAACCUGUCGGGUCUUUAUAUUCCCUAGACUUCCCUGAAAACCGGCAUAUGCAACACAAGGCUUGCCGGAUUCUUGGCUAAUUUCUCCAGUGUGUAUGAGUCAUCAGGAUGCUUAUUGGGAAUAUUAACCCCGACUGCCUUAUGUGGUGUUACUCCUGCUAUGGUCUGAUGGUGUCUUGCAGUCCGCAGUCCAUGAUCCAUCAUAAAAGGGUUGGUUUCAAAAUCUGACCUGUUGCAUGAAAACAAAAAGGAUCGCCUCUAACUUUGAAACUUUGAAACUUAGGUAAAGAGAUGACUAAAUUGAUUUGAGAAGGAGAUAUUAUUCUGCAUUUACAGGUGAACAGGUCACUUCUAACAGUUUUCCAUAUGGAGGAGCAAUAGUCUCUCGGGAUGCCAAGAUUGCCCCCCCCCCCUCUAAAAAAAACUUGCAUGUACCAAGCUUAGUUCACAACUAAAAAAAUUGAGAACAUUUCUGCUGGAAUUUAUCAUUUUUGUUGUGACGUCAGGUUUUGGACUGGCCCCAGAGAAUCUUCAUAGCCACUGGUUGUUGGUGCUACAUUACAUGGAAUCAUAAAGUUAAUGUUGUUUACUGGUGUAAAUAAAUCUCCCGUAAUGAUUUGACCUCAUAAAGAUGCCAACAAACUUAUCUCAGAAAAUUUUAGGUCUCUCUUUGGGCCAUCCCAUAUCCCCUCUAUCUAUUCCCUGUCUGUGUGUAUAUCCAAAGAUAUGGUACAGAAUGGUACGAAAGCAACAAGGUGGGGAUUUUGGACUUUUAGGGGCAGGGUGAUCUUUCAUCAUAAUUAUAUUGUUUACGUUUUAUCAACCAGUGAAAUAGAAAGCUAUCAUUCCAUUUUGUAAUUGAUGUAUUUGUCCAACCAGUGAAAUGGAAAUUUAGCAAUUCAUUAUAAAUCGAUUUACUUUAUCAACCAGUCAAACCCAGGUUCUUAAAGGAUAUUUUACAUUUUGAAAAUGAAGAGAGUACAUGUACUCUGCUAGAUCAUGUUUAUUUUUUGGUGGUUUUAGUUAUGGGCUUGAAAAAAAUCUAGUCUUAGUCAUUGUGAAAAAAAACCACCAGUCUUUGAAAUAAUCAUAAUGAAACAAUAGCCUGGUUGUUCAAAACAGAUUUUGUCAAUAAAACUUUGUUAACUUAACAUGGUGUUAUCUCCUUCAGUUCAGUCAAUUAGACGUGACACCCUGUGAAAGAUCAUACCAAGUAGGUAAACACCAGCAUUAGUUGAAAAACCUGUUUUGAACAACUCGGCCCAGUAUAUAUAUAAAGUGCACUGCCUAUCUGUACAAGUGUCAAUAUACAAGCACACUGAUAUAGUCCAUGUAUUAGCAUGCUGGAGUCAACAAUUGUAUACUUAUAUUGUGUUCUGGUGUUGAUAUUGUUUAGACUUGUACUUGCAUUGUAUUAGAAUGUCAUUCUUCUUGAUUUGAUAUGUGAUUAAUCUUGGGAUUUUAAAAUAAGCUAUUUGAUGUAGUUUUCAUGAAUUUUGGUAUAUAUUUGAUGAACAGAAGUAUUAGAAUUCUGAAUGAAUGGCCUUCGACGAAACUGACGACCAACCUCGCCAUAAUUAUAUUUGAGUUCUGUAAACUCGUCUUCUGCCAUAUUCGUGAAAGUUUUCCCAACACUUUAGCAAUAGCUUUCGAUGUAGUUGUUUCUAACUGCUGAUUCAAGUGCCACCUAUUGUUUUGUUUUGGUAAAGGCAUGGUAUGGUCUUGUCUUAUCGUAUUGGUCUGAUUUACCCUAGUGGGGCAAUUUGGAACCAAUCCAACAGACUUCUUGGACAAUCAGUUGUUAUCUUACAGUCUUGUCCUGUUGCGAGUAAUGUUGAAGACCAUAACAAGCUGUGUAUUUCCAUUGAAAAUGUUAUAUUUCUAUGCUGUGGACAUAUAUAAAGGAAGUAUAUAUUAUAAAAGAAAUAUUAUAAACAGUGAAUCAAAUCACUCAUAUCAUUGUUGUAUGUGGUGAAAAAAAGUUAUAUAUUUUUGUGCGUUAGUCGUAUUGAAAUUAUAGAUAAGAAGAUUUGUCAAUGAUAUUCAUUGUUCACUUUUUCACUUGAUUUGAAGGUAUUAGUCUCCAUUAGAUGGCUAGUUCUGUUCGUGAUAUCAAAUUUGAAAAGAUGUCUUCAUGAUGCGGUUUGAAAAGAGGUCAUAUCAUCGACAGGGGUUGAUUAUUGGACCAAUCUUGUUCACUCUCUUGAUAAAGUCGCCUCUCAAUUUGUUCCUGAAGUGAAAAGUGAAAAAUAAAUAUCAGUUCUUGUUGUAAAAUUGUCAUGAAUGUAUAUUUUGUAAACUAGUCUCCAUGACGGCAUUUAUAUUGUUGCAGUGGUCAGUGUAGGUUUCAAUUGGUGUGUAAAUAAGACCCAGUUUUAAGCUGGGGUAAAAAAUCUUUACCUGAUAAUUGGAACAAUCUCCGUCUCAAAAAAAUGGACAAUUUUCUUUCAUCUCUUUCAUUAACUUUGUUGAAGAGGGCAAUUGGGAUGAGCUAGGGGCUCCUUAUACUGGUCCUCUUGUAAGUGGUGCAUGUACUGGGUUUUGUUUGGCUUAGUACAAGAAAUAAUUCAUAUUCAAACUUGAUUGGUGCAGGUGCAUUGUGAGAUAGUGGAGGCGCCUUUUGGCGACUUUUUGAACAAAAACAAGUUGUUCGUACUUCAUGCUGUUCUUUUAAGUAUCAUCAGGUAUCUGACAGGCUGUAUUUUUAAAGAUGGUCUGAAAAAAUAAAGUUCGUCAGAGACCUGUUAUUAGGAACUUUGAAAGAAUCUCCUAGUUGUUUCUUUUCUAAAACCUCAGUUUUGGCACCUUUACUUUAGAUCGCAAUUCCGUUGUGCAUGUUGAGUUAGAUCCAAAUUAGAUUCUUUUAUGAAUGAAUGUGGUUGUCAGGUAUCGAUGCUGCUCUCCCUGAGGUUGAUGGAAUCUUCUUUCUGUAGCAUUCAUUAAGCACCUUAAAUUGUUUGCAUGACUGAUAAAAUCACUCACUCGGUUGUGAGGUAGAGCCACAUUGCUUGUGUUAUCAGGCACUGUCACAUUAGGGACUGAAACUUGUAUUACUGUAAUUACCCAGUAAUAAUUGCGGGCUUUGCUUUUUGCAUUUGCAGAUCGCGACAUAAAAGCCUAUGAAGGAGAUGAACCUUGAAUGUUGUAUCUCUUUGUAGUAAAUGAUUGCUGAUUCCACCAACUGAGGUCAUUGGUAAACGGAUAGAUCAGAUAAUUUGUCUGUGCAUUAGAAAGUAUUUGAACAAAUUGAUCAUUUAUGUAUAAUGUAAUAAAACAUCGGUGUUUUGUGUUUGUACAUGUAUAUUUAUCAGUGAGAAGAGUGAGCUCUUCUGUGAGCUGUGGAAGCCAGCCAACAUUGUCAAUUUGGAGUGUUGGGAAUUUUUUUCUGCACCUCGUGGAAGAGCUGUUGUUGUGAUUGUAAUAUUGUGCUGUGAUUAACUUCUGGUUGAUCGAUAAAGUGGAAAUAUCAUUAUCAGUAAAUAGUUUGGUUGUUAA